ACGUUGCGGAGGCUUCAAGAUGGCGGAAGCCUUGACAACUCAGGAGCAGCUGGCUGUGGAGGAGUUCCUGAGUGAGGUGCGUAGCAGGGAGCUACCUCACAGUGCUGGGCUCGUCUCCCAACCUACAGCUGUUAAGUUUCUUAUGGCCCGGAAGUUUGACGUCUCCAGAGCCAUCGAUCUAUUCCAAGCCUACAAGAACACAAGAAUCAAAGAAGGCAUCAUCAAUUUAAACCCAGACGAGGAACCCCUGCGUUCUGAGCUGCUGAAUGGCAAGUUUACAGUUCUGCCUGGUCGAGAUGCUAAGGGUGCUGCUUUAGCACUUUUCACCGCCCGCCUCCAUCAGCCCAAUGUCACUACCCACAAGGCCGUUCUACAAGCCAUCAUCUACCAGCUGGAUAAAGCCAUAGAGAGUAUACAAACUCAAAGGGAUGGACUCAUAUUUAUUUAUGACAUGACAAACUCAACUUAUGGUAAUUUUGACUACGAUCUCUGUGUCAAGAUUCUCGAUUUGCUCAAGGGAGCAUUUCCAGCUCGUCUAAAAUGUGUCUUCAUUGUGUCUUCUCCACUCUGGUUUCGAGCACCUUUUGCAGUUCUUCGCCUUUUUGUGCGGGAAAAGCUGAGGGAAAGGGUAUGCACAGUGAAAGCUCAUGAGUUGGCUAGUCACAUCCCAGUCUCCUCACUUCCUGAACAUCUGAGUGGGACAUCCCAUUACAGCCACGUAGCUUGGAUUCAGUCUUGUGUUAACAUGCAAACAAACUCUGUUCAGGGUGACAUGCAAGAACACGACACACACGAUUGCGUGGGCAGCUUGUUGCGCUCUUACAGCUUGGACAACAGCAACACAAGUAUAGGUGCCACGCUGUCGCAUACACAUGUGAAUGCACAGUUGGGUUCAGAGCGAGCCGUGGCUUACGCUAACUGCUACGGUGACAACAAUGCUAACCCACACAAUCACUUUGAUGCAGUGGAGGUCAGGACUCGAGGCCCAGGCCAGUACCAACAGAGCUCAAAUUCUGGCACAGACAAGUCGCAGGGGAACCACCAACACUGGAACGGUUCAGCGGUGAGUGCAGCCAACGCCAGCAUCGGUGGCCCAAACACGAACAGAAACGGCCGUGGCUGCCAAGCUCCUUCCCACUCAGACACUCCCCCCGACACACCGCUCGCACACAAAGACAGUGGAGGUGCAGCAGAUGGAGAUGACACACACUCUGCCAACAGACCUCAGAGUGAAGCAGUGAAGGAGGAAGAUGAAGAGGGCGAAGAGGAGGAAGGGGUGCCUCCGUUGCCUCCGUUGCCUCAAAAAUCUCUGCCUCGCCCCUUCAACCAACCCUCUUCGCAGUCUCCGCCUUUGUCUUCAUCAUGGGGUCAGGAUGAUGAGAACCACUACACUGAAGUGUCUGUUCACAUGCCAGAUCAAGGAGGUAUGACGGUGCAUGAGCUUGUGGAGUAUGUGAAGAGGAAGAAGAAGAGGGGGAUCUAUCAGGAAUAUGAGGAGAUUCGCAAGGAGCCUCCAGCAGGAACCUUUGACUAUUCAAAGAAAUUGUCCAAUCAAAUCAAGAACCGGUACAGUGAUGUCCUCUGCCUAGACCAGUCACGAGUGCGGCUCUGUCAGCUCUGUGAUGAUGAAGAUGAGACAUCAGAUUACAUAAAUGCCAGUUUCAUGGAUGGGUACAAGAGGAGCAACGCUUACAUCGCCACUCAGGGUCCUUUGCCAAAAACCUUUGUUGACUUCUGGCGAAUGGUUUGGGAACAGAUGGUACUUAUCAUUGUCAUGACCACCAGGGUUAUAGAGCGUGGACGUAUUAAAUGUGGUCAGUACUGGCCUCUUGAGGAGGGCAGGACAGAACAGCAUGGAUACUUCUUGGUUAGGAAUACACAUAUCCAGGUGUUUCAGGACUUUAAACUCUCCCACCUUGAGCUGUACAACACACAGUCUGGAGAAAAACGGGAAGUAUACCACUACCUCUAUGUAAGCUGGCCAGACUUUGGGGUGCCUAAAAGUGCUUCCGCCAUGUUGGACUUCCGUGAGCACGUCCUUCGGACAAGUAAGGCUGCGGUCCACAACCUGGGAUCAAGCUGGAGGGGGCCUCCAGGGGGCCCUCCUGUGAUUGUGCACUGCAGUGCUGGCAUCGGUCGCACAGGCACCUUCUGCACACUCGACAUCUGCCUGUCCCAGCUGGCAGACGUCAGCACAGUAGAUGUCCGUCAGACGGUUCGAAGGAUGCGAACGCAGAGGGCUUUCAGCAUCCAAACCUGGGACCAGUACUAUUUUUGCUACACAGCAGUUAUCGAGUACGCUCAGCGACAUGGGAAACUGAGCCCAGUGCAAUGGUCGGACUCGGACUUGGAGACUGACAGCGAGUGAGAGACAAAAUAUGGAGUCGACUACAUAAACAAGUCAGUCAACCCAAACAGAAGACACAUAGGAAUGGAAAAAGCGAGGAGCGUAGGACAGAGGUGACCCUUUAAUCAUAGGAGACGGAGCAUGGUGGACUCCCAACAGAUGCUCUUCCUUCACACAGGUGGAUUGGAGGAGAUAAGGAGCUGGAGAUGAAAUCACAGUGCUGUGGAGAAAUGCACUGCAUCACUCAUGAAAAAGCUGGCCUGCCAUUACCCAAUCUUACUUAGCAAACUACAGGGGUCUUGCCCCUUAGCCUGUCUUGUCGACAGAAACGUCGUACAAGUUGUAGCAUUUUUUUUUUAUAUCGACUUGCACUUGAGGAAUGACGAACUCGAACUUCACCCCUCGAAGCCCUCCAGACUCAAGUGUUUGUUCCAACUUUUUUACGUUCUUGCUCCUCUUCAC